GUUAUGGGAAAGUUUGCCGCAACAAAUUGCUGGCUUUACCCGUACGAGUUAUUACGUUGCUCAAAGUGGAUCAAAUUUGAUAUCAUUUCCAAAAAAAAAAAAGAAAAAGAAGUGAAUUAAAAGGAUAUUGGAGCUUUUCACGUGCACCCCUCUCUGUCUCUUUCCUCCAUUGAAGCGGCUAUUCUCUGUUGAAGCUACUCUGAAUUCUCCGUUGAAGCAGCUUGUGAGCUUUUCUCUACUCCAUUGAAGCUUAGAUAUCUUGUAACUAUUUAGGAUAUGGGGUGUUUUGCAUCAACACCAAAGGAGGGUGGUGGGAAUAGAAGACGGCCGAGCAAUAUUGGGGAAGUCUCGGUUUUCGUACCCGGACUUCGAAUUCCUAAACCUGUAGAUUUCUCUCAGUGCCUUGGUGAUCAUGUACCUAAAACUAUUGUCGAUGGUUUGUCCGCUCUCAGAACCCAAAUUGUUGUGAUGGUUGGCCAUGAAGCCCUUACAGUCACGAGAUCAAGAAGAAAAUCUGCUACCCAACACGGAGGUUCGACUUUGGCUGAUCUUCAGCAAGCCCUUGAAGAUUAUUUGCCAGUUCUUCUGGGUUUAGUUAAAGAUGGAAGCCCUUUACAACACAAGAUACAAUUUGCUUGGGUUAAUCAGGAGAAUGUUGCCGAGGAAACUGCCAUGUCUAAUGCUUGGUAUGAGGUAUCGUCUGUCCUACAUUUGAUGGCUAUGCUAUCAUUAUCACAAGCCAACCUAUUACUUCUCCCCAGAAUAUCUGCUGAUGGCUAUCAGCCAAAGGUUUCAGAUGAAAGCAGGCGUGCUUCUGUUGAUAUCUUCUUGAAGGCAGCUGGAUACCUUGAUUGUGUUGUGCGCCAUGUUUUUCCGCAGCUUUCAGCUGAAAUGAGGAGAAAUUUACCAGUAGACCUAGCUGAAGGAGUUAUACGGGCUCUGUCCUUGCAGGCAUUGGGCCAGGGUGUAGAUAUCCAACUGGGAAUGGCAAUUGAUAGCGCCAAAGCUACACUUGCUGUUAAGAGAAGGCUUGCAUGUGAAAUGGUGAAAUACUGGCAACAGGCACAAGAUAAUAUAAUGAAUUUACCAUUAUCUAAUGGAUGGGGUGAAAAGCAUCAACUGUUCAUUAAGUGGAAGUAUGUUGAAGCUAAGGCUGCUGCUUAUUAUUAUCACGGACUCAUUUUGGAUGAGGGGAACACAGAGAAAUCUCAUGGUAUGGCUAUUGCUGCCUUGCAAGCAGCUGAUGAAUAUCUUAAGGAAAGUAAAAAGGCAUGUGAAGCAUUUAACAUGGCUCCCCCUCAAUCAAGAAAUACAUUAUCUUGGGGGACUAUGAAAUAUCUGUCAGAAAAAAUUCCAAAAGACACGGCUAGCAAGGUGCGGAUCAAUCGGGACUUGUAUACACAUGAAAAAAUCAUGGAGACAGCACCAACAUUGCCUGAUUUUGCUUUGGCACUUAAACCUGAUGAAUAUCAAUUACCUCCUGUGCAUCCUUGUUGGAGUGGAGAGAAUACAAAUUCCGUGGAGCAAGGUGCAAAGUAGCUUUACAGUCCAGGUUUCUCCCAUCUCAGAAGUUAACUUUGCCUUAUAUCAAGUUGAAAAAGCAAAUCUUGCUCAAUUGUAAGAUUUGUAACAUUAUUUGUUGUGUGUAAUCUAAAACAUCAUAGCUUUACGUCCAUUACUCCCUUAAGGUGACAGUAGUUUUUCAUUUUGAGCACCAGCCUGCCAAAAAAAAAAAAAAAAAAAAAAAAAAAUCAUGUAUAAUUGUAUAAAAUCGACAGUUGGGAGGACAUCUUUCCUAUUCAAUAUUGAAAAUAAAAAUAUGCAUUCUUUCAGUUAAAAUGUGAUGAUAUUAUAUUAA